AUGGAAUUUUUAUGCAUAAAAAAAAAGUAUGCAAGUGAUGUAUUAAAAGGGUUUAAAAUGCAAGAAUGCAAUGGAAGCAGCACUUCAUCAGAAUCAGGGUUGGUGUUAUCUAAAGAGGACAAUGAUGAGUUGAUUGAUCUUACAACCUUCAAGAAAAUUAUAGGAUCCCUGAGGUACUUGUGUAACACUAGGCCAACUAUUUCAUAUAGUGUUGGGCUGAUUAGUAGGUACAUGGAGAAGCCUAGGACAUCACACUACAUGGCAGCAAAAAGGAUCUGGAGAUACAUAAAGGAUACUAUUGAGCCUGGUAUGUUGUAUUCCACAAAACUGAAUGAAAAUGAAGCUGAACUUAUUGGCUUCACUGAUGUUGAUUAG